GAGUAAUUGGUUUUAUUUCAAAGUUUUUAAAAUACCAAAAUACAUCUUUUUUUCAACUCAAAAUCAUUCGCGCCAGAGACCUCUCUGUGUAUUGGACAUGGCUCCAAGGAAGUCAAAACGAUGCCGCACCGGAGCGCCACAAGAAACGAAGGAGGCGAACCGCUCUAAUUUUCGCCCUAUGUUUGAAACCCUUUUCUCUGCCCUACGAUCUCCUUCCGAGGGUGUAAGGCCGGCAAUUCUGAAGAGGUUGUAUUUAGUUCUUAAUAAUUUGUGCUCAAACCCAGAGUGUGUAGUUGAUGAAUUGCAGUUGGACAGGGAAGUUGAUAGUGAUAGGAGUAAAGUUACAGCUAAUGAUAUUCAAGGGCUAUCGGAUGUACUUUUUGAAGAACUCUCUCAGAGGUUCAAGAAAUUCUUUGAUGCUUUGUAUACUGGUAGUUCUGAUGAGGACCUGGGUAAUGAUGUUUAUGGAGCUGCUGAAACAUUGAAUUUGCUGUUGAGGUGCUGUUUGGUUGUUAUGAUACUGUUGGAACAACAGAAAGUUGUUCUUGAAAAGGGGCUAAUCGUAUUGGGCAUGCUCCGUAGUUUGUGUUCUGUUGACUUGAAAGUGGUAAAAUGGAGAAAAAGGGAAAAAGCGAUUAGGUUUGCAAAGUCUGUUUCUGUCGCCUAUGAAUAUAGUAACAAUGACUCCACAACCUUGACUGAGGAUUUUGUUGCGUCAUUGCAUUUCCUUGAGCCAUCUGAUUCUCGCAUUCCUCUUGUGACUUCUAUGCUUGAGGUAUUCCUGGAUGAACUUUUGGUUUCUGGACAAUUAAGACCAUUGUUUAUUAUAAUUAACUCCUUUGCGGCCACAACAUGUACUGGUUUAGCAAAUCCUGGUCAUGGAGAUUUUGGACUGCUGAUGGAAAUCAUAUGUAAUCACUUUUAUCUGUCAUUUUCCGCUGAUGGGGCAAUUGAAGAUUUCUUUGGCAGAUUGUUUUGGAUGAACACCAAUGAAUUCAAAUAUUCCUUUAGAGCAUUGGAACUGAGUCCAACUGCAGCAACAACACUGUUGUUACUCAAUACAUUCCUCCUUUCUGCUCCAAAGUUUUUACAGGCUCAUGUUAUUGCAGUGAUUUCGGAGGCAACUAGUAUUGUUAUGGAUUUUAGAAGUUGGAAACCAGAUGGUAGGUUCUUGAAUUGCUUCCUUUCAGUAUUUGAGAGUUCAGUUGGUUUUUACAAAGCAAAUCUGGGCAGAUGGAAAAUUGAUUCGAAUCAUAGGAGUUCUGAAGGUUCUUAUAAAUCAAAAAACCAUGGAGAAACGGUUCGACCAUCAUUUGAUUCUUUUCUGUCACAGGACACUCGAAAGAAGAUUAAUUAUGUCAUGACAAAGUUAAAAGUUCCAUCUUAUUCUUGCUUACAUAAAGUAUCCAACAAAUCGGAUCUGAUGAGCUCCUCUAUUCGGUACGCAAAGGAGUGCGAGCAUGUUUUUGAUGAGUCAUGCCAACAUGAGAUAUUGUCAGUCUUAAGUUGUAUUGUUCAGAGGGCAUCUGAAGGCUUAGGCGAUGCUGAAUCACAUUCUAUUGGGCUUGGUGAUCUGGAAGAUCUCUGUAUUAUUGCCUCUGUUUUGAAGCUGAUGGCCAAGUCAUUAUUGCUAGUCAUUAAUUGUCUUAGGCAUGGUGGUGAUUUACAUGGUCUGAAAUCAUUAAGGGACUUUUCUUUGUGUGUUGAGUAUGACUCAAUUUUGAGUGCUAUCAACUGCUUCACAGAAUUUAAAAUCCAUCUCCCCAUACAAGAUUUUCUGAGCAACACUAUGGAUUCAAGCUCUACCAGUCAUUGCAAAUCCAAAAUAAUGUUUUUGCAUUUUUCGGGCUUGCUAUCCUAUGCUUUUACAACUGGGCUUGAUUUUUUAGUUAAGGGAUGUCUGCUAAAUAUCGUAGCGCUGCUGAAUUUAUUCAUUUUUGAAGAGGGUAGCUUGUAUGCAUUGCAUUCGUUGCUUUCUUCCAGUUCAGGAUCUAUCCCGUCUAAUUUCCCUUCAGUUACUAUUCAAGAGGUAUGUCCAUACACCUUUUGCUCUUUGGGAGGAAUUAAUUGCUGAACAAUCAUUAUUUCUAACAGCUUCUCUUUGAUGUAGACUGUGUUGGGCAAAAAAACUAGUGUGAUAGUUGCUUCAAAGAUCCAGAAGAUGCGUACUCUGUACCCAAGUACCUCUUCCCUAGCCAAUCAACACGACCAUUCUCAACCUGAUGGUCAUUCUCAACCUGGAGAAAAUGCUUUAGUCCAUGAAGCCAUGGCAGGGGAUGUAGACACACAAGAAGAAAUUGAAGAGGCAACCAAUGGGGAGCUCUUUCUUAGAUGCGUAUUAGGAAAUAGUGGCAAAGUUUCAGAUUAUGAUGAGUUGGCUGAUUUUAUUGAAUGCAAGCAGGGGAAGGACUACUCUUCCUGGCUAAAAGCUAGAGAAAAAUUUAGAAAGUGGAAAGGUGAGAAGAUGGCAGUUUUGAGAUGGAAGCGAAAGAAAAAAACUUGGAGAGUUGUGACUAAUAAGAAAACUUAAAUGCAUCUAGCGUGCCUUGCAAUGUUAGGGCUGACAUGUGGAAAACCCUUUGAAGAAUAUUUCCUGUGCUGGGAGAGGGAACUGAUGCACUCCUUUUAUGAUAAGCAUUCUACAGAAUCCCAAAGCUCUCCUGUUGAAAGAUAUACUGAAAUGGGGCAGGACAACUUUGGUCAUUCCUCUGCAUUCCAGACUCUAAAUUUGUGAAGAAUUUCCUCCCGAAUUCUCAUAUAUGGUUCUUUUCAAGAGAUGUGUUUUGCGUGAAACUUUCUGAUGGACUGCGUCAGAAUUGCUGGUUCCAAUCUCUUUGGAUUAGAUAACUUGGUAAGCUUCAAAAACUUGAGGGGGAAAAUAUAAUAUUUCUAAUUUCUAUUUUACACGGGGAACUCCCUUUUUUAGUCAUUUGUGUUAUUGGCUUGUCCAUGGUAGUCUUUUAAAUUUUUUGAUAAUCAAGCAGUAUAUGCAUCAAUUUGGUUUCAUGUAUAUUUGAACUUCUCCAGCUGUUACGAGGCUAUGGAGAAGGCCAGCUUUCUCUAUUAGGUCUUCAGAAUUGAUAAGAAAGUAAGAAUUUUAAUUUUUGUAAAUACUUGGUGGGGGCAAAGGCUUUGUUAUUGCCGUCUUAGUGUUUGUAAAUGGAGUUAAUGUAUUCAGAGUUAAUGUAUUCCUCUUUAUUGAAGCAAACCAAAAUGGGUUGUUAGCAGUAGCGAGGGAUAGUUCUUUGUUCACAGAAUAGUCAAAUGAAGGAAUUUUGGUUGUGUGUAAAUUUUAAUGUGUAACUGAAGAUGUUACUUAUUUAUUCUUCAUUCAGUUUGAAAUUUAAUUUUGAAGUGUCAC